GCCGCGAUUACUACCUAAUGACGCUGAUUAGCCGAAGAUCUCGCUUCAGGGCGGGAACUCGCUACAAGCGGCGAGGGCUUGACGAAGAGGGUCGCUGUGCCAACUACGUCGAGACGGAGCAGAUCUUCAGCUACGGCACGCACACGGUGGCCUUUGUCCUGGUCCGGGGCUCGGUCCCGCUCUUCUGGUCACAGGUUGGCAGCAAGUACCGGCCGCCGCCGAGGUUGGAGCGGACGGAAGCGGAGAAUCAGACCGCCUUUCGACGCCAUUUCGAACACGAGUUUGCCAUCUACGAGGGCGACAGCGUGGUGGUCAGUUUGAUUGAGCAGACGGGGCGGGAGAAGAUUCUGGGCGACGCCUUUCUGGAGCAUGUGAUCCGCAUGGAUGACGCCCGGCUCGCCUAUGUGGCCUUUGAUUUUCAUGAUUACUGUCGUGGGAUGCGUUUCGAAAAUGUCUCCCUCCUCAUUGACCGCAUCUACGAGUUCAUCAAGGACAUUCGCUACUGCUGGGUCGAUGAGGACGGGAUGAUCUGCGAGCAGCGCGGGGUGUUUCGCAUCAACUGCAUCGACUGCCUCGACCGGACGAACAUCGUCAUGACGGCCAUUGCCAAGGCGGUCAUGGAUAUUCAGCUCGUCCGCCUCGGUCUCCUUCCGCCGGAGGGUCAACUUCCGGCCAACAGCCGGCGGAUCUUUCAGCUGAUGUGGGCGCACAACGGCGAUACGAUUAGUCGGCAGUACGCCGGAACUGCAGCUUUAAAAGGUGACUUCACUCGGACCGGAGAGCGGAAGAUUAGCGGCGUCGUCAGAGAUGGAGUGAAUUCGGCGAAUCGCUAUUACCUGAACCGCUUCAAGGACGCCUACCGCCAGGCGGUGAUUGACAUUAUGCAGGGGCAGGCGGUGGCGGAGGCGUUGAGCUCGCCGGAAAAUGAGAAAGGAAGCUCUGCCUCAUCCUUUUUAUCUGCCGUUUCCGGUGGAGUUCUCAGCAAGUCCGGUUCGAGCAGUUCGAUUUCGGGGAUGGCAAACUCAACUUCUACCACCUCAGCUUCGUUGUCCGUCAACGACCCCGAGUACCAUGAGCGCAUCAAGCUGGUGAUUGAGGACUGCAAGAAGAUUCUGGUGCCGCAGGAGGAGGUGAUUCUGGGCGGAUGGCCCCUCGUUGACGCCGAUCCGGUGACGGGGACGCCCCUCAGCUCGGUAAUGACUCGAAAUGCCACCUCUGAGCUGCCUGAAUCGGAGAUGGACACCGUGCUGAUACUCACCAAGGACUGCUACUACGUGGCCGACUACGACGACCAGACUGACCGGGUGGUGAAGUACCAGAAG